GAAGAAGAAGUUUCUGUUUCGUGUUUGUGGUUAAUUUCAGUAUUUGUGUUAACAUAAGACUAAGAUUGUGUAUUUGAGUGAAGUCUCAGGAUCGUUCAGCUGAAUGAUUAGUUUGAGUUUUUAACAUUCUAAAACUCUUCACUCCAAAGAUACUACAAGCUAGUCAGUGUAUUCAGCAGGUGUAAUGUAAGUUUCUUCAGAGGCAUAAGGUAUUGCAAGUAUUACAUACAACAAUAAUAAAACAUAAAGAAGGAAAUGUACUUUUGGUAAUUAAGUACUUUUAAAAGCAAGUACUUCUGUACUUUUACUUAAGUAAAAAUCUGUCUUUACUACCAGCAGUAUGUGUGCUUUCAUUCAAUAAUGGAGUUGUGUCUCUGUUCAGCUUCAUCAUGAAUCAAACACAAACACCCCGAGAUCAAGAGCUUUCUUCAGGACGCAGGUCAAUCCUGCAACACAGAUCAGUAACAAAACCCGUCUGUAAGAAAUAUGACCAGCCUAUGAAUCAACCACAAGACAGCACGUAUCCUGGUGUAAGGCAUGAAGUCCUCAACACGUUCAGAUCAAAUCUGCUGAAGAAGUUUGAGCGUCUGUAUGAGGGAACAGCGACGCAGGGAAACCCAACACUCCUGAAUGAGAUCUACACAGAGCUCUACAUCACAGAGAGUGAGAGUGGAGAGAUCAGUAAUGAGCAUGAGGUGAGACAGAUUGAGACACAAUCCAGGAGAGCAGCAACAGAGGACACAGCCAUCAAAUGCAGUGACAUCUUUACACCUUUACCUGGACAAGACAAAGCCAUCAGAACUGUGCUGACAAAGGGAGUCGCUGGCAUUGGAAAAACAGUCUCUGUGCAGAAGUUCAUCCUGGACUGGGCUGAAGGGAAAGAGAAUCAGGACGUCCAGCUCAUAUUUCCACUGCCUUUCAGAGAAAUCAACCUGAUGAAGGACAAAACACUCAGUCUUUCAGAUCUUCUUCAUGUGUUUUUCCCUGAAACUAAAGAAAUGGAAAUAUCCAGUGAUGAAUAUAAAGUGUUGUUCAUCUUUGAUGGUCUGGAUGAGUGUCGUCUGUCUCUGGACUUUAAGAGUAAAGUGAAACUGUGUAAUAUAUCUAAGUCAGCCUCAGUGGAUCUGCUGCUGAUGAACCUGAUUGUGGGGAAUCUGCUUCCCUCUGCUCUCAUCUGGAUCACCUCCAGACCAGCAGCAGCUGAUCUCGUCCCCUCUGAGUGUGUCCAUCGAGUGACAGAGGUACGAGGCUUCAAUGAGCCACAGAAGCAGGAAUACUUCAGGAAGAGAAUCAGUGAUCAGAGUCUGGCCGAUACAAUCAUCUCACACCUGAAGUCAUCAAGGAGCCUCUACAUCAUGUGCCACAUCCCAGUGUUCUGCUGGAUCUCAGCCGCUGUUCUGGAGAAGAUGUUGAGUCCAGCAGAGAGUGGAGAGAUUCCCAAGACUCUCACUCAAAUGUACACACGCUUCCUGAUCCUUCAGACCGACAUCAAACGUGAGAAGGACUAUGAGAAUAAGCUGACAGAUGAAGACAUGAUCCUCAAACUGGGGAAAGUGGCUUUCCAGCAGCUUGUGAAAGGAAACAUGAUCUUCUAUGAGGAAGACCUGAGAGAGUGUGGCAUUGAUGUGACAGAAGCAUCAGUGUACUCAGGAUUGUGCACUCAGAUCUUCAGAGAGGAGUUGGGCUUGUAUCAGGGGAAAGUCUUCUGCUUUGUUCAUCUGAGCAUUCAGGAACAUCUAGCAGCUCUAUAUGUGCACCUCUCCUGGACAAACCACAACAGAAAUGCAUUUGAGCCAAUCACCAAACAGAAAUUACGGUCUAAAGUGAAGGAAUGGUUUCAACAUGUUUCAUUAUCUGAGCUGCAUCAGAGAGCUGUGGAUGAGGCUCUACAGAGUAAAAAUGGACAUCUGGAUCUUUUCCUGCGGUUCCUUCUGGGUUUGUCAAUGGAGUCUCAUCAGAUUCUCCUACAACGAAUAAUGAUGCUGAAAAGAAGCAGCUCUGACAGCAAUGAGAAAACAGUUCAGUACAUCAAGAUGAAGAUCAGGACCAUUGACUCUCCAGAGAAAUCCAUCAAUCUGUUCCACUGUCUGAAUGAACUGGGUGAUCGUUCACUAGUGGAGCAAAUACAACAGUAUCUGAAAUCUGGAAAUUUAAGUGCAGCCAAACUCUCUUCAUCUCAGUGGUCAGCUGUAGUUUUUGUGUUGUUGACAUCAGAAGAGGAUCUGAAUGAGUUUCGUCUUGAUAAAUUUGUUAAAGGAAACAAUAAUCCUGAAAAUACGAAAGUUCUUCAGAAGCUGCUGCCUGUGAUUAAAGAAUCCAGAUCAGUUCAUUUGAUUUAUUGUGCCGUCACAGAUGAAGGUUGUGCUGCUCUGGCUUCAACUCUGAGAUCAAACCCCUCACACCUGAGAGAACUGAGUCUGUCUGGGAAUAAACUAGGAGAUUCAGUGAAGCUGCUUUCUGAUGUACUACAGGAUCCUCACUGUAAACUGGAGAAACUGAGGUUGAGUGAUUGUGGCGUCACAGAUGAAGGUUGUGCUGCUCUGGCUUCAGCUCUGAGAUCAAACCCCUCGCACCUGAGAGAACUGGAUCUGUCUGAGAAUAAACUAAGAGAUUCAGUGAAGCUGCUUUCUGAUGUACUACAGGAUCCUCACUGUAAACUGGAGAAACUAGAGUUGUAUGAUUGUGGCGUCACAGAUGAAGGUUGUGCUGCUCUGGCUUCAGCUCUGAGAUCAAACCCCUCACAUCUGAGAGAACUGAGUCUGUCUGGGAAUAAACUAAGAGAUUCAGUGAAGCUGCUUUCUGAUGUACUACAGGAUCCUCACUGUAAACUGGAGAAACUGAGGUUGUAUGAUUGUGGCAUCACAGAUGAAGGUUGUGCUGCUCUGGCUUCAGCUCUGAGAUCAAAUCCCUCACACCUGAGAGAACUGAAUCUGUCUGUGAAUAAACUAAGAGAUUCUGGAGUGAAGUUACUCUCUGAUCUGAGGAAGGAUCCACAUUAUAAACUGGAGACAUUAUACUAUUGACUCUCAGUAUUUAUCCGUCAGUCCAGUUUGGUCAGGAUCAGCUGAUGGUGAAUAAGGAGCCGCUACAGAGACGUCACAGUCACACAAUCAACAGAGACUGCGUGAUGGAGCCACAAAAACUUAGAGAUGUUCAUUUUCAGUUCAUUUUCCUGACUGACUCCCAACACUCGUUAAACAAUCAUUGACCAUGAAAACUAGAAUGUUACAUUAGAUUUAAAUUAAAUUGGAAUGGAAUGGAUACGUUUGUGACCCAUUAAAAUAGCCAUUAAAAGUGAACUCUUUACAGUUUCUAUUAAUGUUUUGUUCUUUAUCUGUAUGACCAAAAGUGACAGAGUAUUUUAAGUCGUUUCCUCUUUAAUAAGGAAAAUAUCCAAGUGAUCGCCGGAGUCUCUCGUGGGAAACAUUUGUAUUUGUUCAGAAUGAGAUGUAGGAACAUUUCUCUUUAAAUACAUUUUUAUUUUAUCUUUUUCUAGAUGUUUAUAUGUUGUUUAUAACUAAUAAUUUUAUAGCUGCUUAUAUUUUUUUAUUUAUAUUUUACUGUUUUGUAAACUGUAAAAUUUAAAGGAUUUUCUGACGAUUAGUUUUUUCUCUCAACACAAUUUUAACUGAUAUGUGUAUAAUGUAAAACAUUGUCAUGAAUUUGCAGUACCCCAUUUAUAAAAUAAUGUGCGAUACUGUAUCUCUGACUAUAUUCUCUUUUUCUCUUGAUAUCUGAACCCCUGAAAUAUUCCCUAAACCUGAUGCGAUAACAAACAGAAGCGGUUUGACUGCUUGUGUCUCUGUCCACUCAGUGUUUGACAUGAGAGAGUGUUUCUGAGUCUCUUCUCCAGGAGUGAUGCUGAUUUCUCAGCUGCUGAACAGAGGUCUGUCAGACACUGAAUUACUGAAUUAACAAAACACGCUUCACGCUGAGACUUCAUCCCCAAAGAACCCUUUAGAUGAGCAACCAGCUGGGAACAAAAGAGCUCGCUGUAAUUGACUCAAUUCAGAUUGCUGUUAGAAAAUGUAUUGGCAAAUUUAAAAACUGAUAAAUCAAGAGUGAUGUUCUGAGCUCAUUCUAACU